GCCAGCUCGGCUGCAGCCAUGGCCCACGGCUAUCCCACUGCCCCACUCGGGAACCCAGCUCUGCAGCUGCCCUCCUUCUGGGCCGCCCAGCCUCAUCCUCAGCCCCAGCACCCGACGUGGGAAUGGCCCGACUGCUCCAGCAGCGCCUCCCCGGCCUCUUCUCCGGACUCCUGCGGCUUAUCGCCCUCGCCCUGCCCCUGGAGCAGCGCGGGCCUCGGGGCCAGAAAAGGCGGCGCCGGCGGCGCCGGCAGCAACUGCAGCGGCCGUCGGGCCCGGCUAGGCUUGGGGCAGCGCCAGAGCGCGAGCCAGCGCGAAAAGCACCGCAUGCGGCGCCUGGCCCAGGCCCUGCACACGCUGCGCCUCUACCUGCCGGCCUCGGUGGCGCCUGCCGGGCAGAGCCUGACCAAGAUCGAGACGCUCCGCCUGGCCAGCCGCUACAUCGCGCACCUAUCCGAGCAGCUGGGCCUCAGCGAGGAGGCGCUGGUCCGCGCCGCCCGACGCCCCCCGACGGCGCCCGAUCCCCUAGCUUGGUCUCGCGGCCUCCAGCAGGACCCCAUCGACGCCUCUUGCUGCUGCCGCUCCCCUGCCUCGCCGUCGGCCCCCUGGCUGCUGGGUUCUCCGUCCUGCUCCGGAUCCGGGGCCCCUGCCGAGUCCUCCACCGACGGAGGCGGGCGAACAGAGUCGCCCUGGACUGCGGAGCUCGCGGAGCUGGAUCUUUCCUCGCAGAUUCUCCCCGAUGAGCUGGUGGCUUUCCUGGAGGGCUUCCUUCCGCCGGCAUCUCAAGGCUGACCUUCACACCCCCUUGCCUGCCCUGUGCCAACUGGCCUGACUGGCAUCUGGAAGCUCAGGAGCCCAGUGGGGACAUUGCCAUGGCAAGAAGCGCUCUGGAGCAGAAAGACCCCUCCCAAACUGAAAGACUCUUUCUUCCCUAGAGGCAAGGACCUUCUAGGAAGCAAGGUGCCAAUUAAGCUCUUCUGCCAGCUGCCCCUGCCUUCCCUCACUCCAUGUUGCUUUGGAAGUCUAAGAGCAGCUGGCAAGGUUGUGGCAUUUGUGAACAAACUUUGCCCUAAUCCCUGCUGUGAUAGACAAAAGGAAGAGUCACUGGCAUGGCUCCCACAAGAGGCAGUGAUUGCCACCAAUGUGGAAAGGGUUAAAAAAAAU